CAUUUCCGAAGUCAGUGUUCGUUUGUUACAGUGUAGUCAACCCUGCAGCAAGGUCGAUGAAAACUACAAAGUCUGAGAGUAGCCCGACUUGAGAAGUCAGCUUGGUUAGCUGGUGUCGAGGUUGCUGGUGCUGGUGUCUCUCCAGCCUUCAUUCGCCUUGGUGUCCUCCUCGUCAUCAACCCUAAUUCUGAGCUGACUGCCGGGCGUAGUUGUUGCAGGCGCUUGUUGUCGAAAUCAGUUUCCCGCGCUUUUUAUUCCCAGUUUCUCCCGCCGUCGAGAAAAGUGAUCGUUUCCGGCCAGUGAGCUGGUCGCUUUCCUAAAGUUAAAUUACUGCCAGUUCAAUUCCUAAACUCGCGAGCAAGGUUAGGUUUUUCUCCGUUUCGCGUCGUCCCCUGCAAUGCCGCGCGUUGCAUCGUAUAACGUUCCCAACGAUACACUCCAUCGCCACUAAAGCGAUUGUCACUGCUAAUUCCUGAAGUCCCCCGAGCGCCUGGUCCAAUUUACUUCAUUGUUGACCCCCCCAUAAGUCACAUUGGUUAUGGUCACCAUCGCUUAAGAUGCAGUACCACUCCGAGCAAUCAUCCGGCCUCCCCCCGCAUAAGAGCGGCAGCCGUCGCCGCGCAUCCGUCUCGUCCGUCAGUCCGCUCGAGCUGCGCCUGCAGGAGUUUAACCUAGUCGGGGGAACCGGACUCGGGGGAAGCAUAAUCGAGCGCGGAAGCAGCAAGCAUGCAGGUUCUAGCGGCGUAGGGUUACCGGUUCGCAACGCUUCUCCGCAAAGCGUCGCCAACCAUGCGGAGUCGCCCGGCCACAUCUCAGACGGCCGCGGCUCCAGCGGCUAUUCGUCCCAAGAAGGGCGGCGCCGGCGGAAGUCCGCCGAUAAUGUCGCCGCCGAGGCGCGGCCCGCGUUAGCCGGACUUAGUCUUACCGGUUCAGGCGGUGCGCACAAGGCUCCUCCUUCCAAUUCGGAAAACAGCAGCGUCAGCAGAAGCAGAAGCAGAAGCGGGAGCGGAAGCGGAAGCGGAUUAGGAGGAGCGAUCAGACAGCCGACGCUGGAAUCGCAACGGAAUGGGGUAAACAACAGCAGCAGUAAUAGCAGCCUUAAUAGCGCCGUCGACCCGCGCUUGCCGCUGGUCAACACGCCUGACUCCAUACCGUCGGAUGCGGACGGGGCUCGGUUCCCGCCCAAGCCUGCAGCGAGCACGCACUUUCCGCCGUACAGCGCGGCGGAAAUUGCGGCGGCGAUUGCGGCGAUCAACAGCGGCGCUGCGUACUGCAAGCCGCGGUACCAGUUCUGCCCGAACUGCGGGUUUCAGCUGGUGGAAAACCCGAUAAUAGAGCCCAUCUUAAAGCCCGUUGUACCCGCUAUGGCGGAGGAGGAGACGGACUCGGAGCAAGACGCCGACGACGCGAGUGAGGUGUCCGUGCCACUUGUCAAAGCGCCAUUGGCGAACGCCAAGGCGAAGCCCAAGAAGGGGAAGGGCAGAGCGGCGGCGUCCGCGGGGCACAAUCACGCGGAGAGGCCGCGCAGGCGGUCUUCCGCCGAGCACAGCGGCAGCAGCGGCGGGGGGGAAUCCGACAUCGGCGGAGCUUUUGCCGCGGGGAGGGCGGGCUCUGUCGGAGGGGACGCGGAAGAGCCGGGCGCGCGGAGGCCGCCCGCUGCGUUCCCCCCGUCCGCAUCUACCUCGUCCUCUGCAGGGGGGAAGGAGGGGAGCCGCAUGGAGCGGCUCCGCGCGCCCGAGGUGGGGCAGCGGCAGGUGCUCCGCCACAUGGAAAAGGGCGGCGGCCCUGCCGCGGGAGGCGGAAAGGGCCGCCAUAGGCGCAUCGGGAGCGUGGACCACAAUAUUUAUUCCGCCGCCAUGCCUCUAACGAAGGGCAGGCUAGGGGGCGCAGGGGGAGGGGCAGCAGGAAGAGAUCAUGGGUACGGGGAGGGGGCGGGGGCGGAAGCGGACGGGGGCGGGAUUGGCGCGGGGGGAAGGGGGAUAGCUUCCCCCGUUCAGGAGGAUGACGGCGAGGGGACAGAGCGGAGCUCGCCGACGGGAUCCGCCAUGUCUGACGUGUCCGCGGCUACAGGCCGCGACGCGCCAGGUGGCGGCGCGAUCAGCGGCUCGAGCGCCGUCAGCGCCGCGAUAUCCGCCCACAGAAAGCGGCUGGGGAUUGGGGGGGGAAACGAGUGGGGGAGUGAGCGCGGGAGCGAGAGAGGGAGCGAGAGGGGGAGCGCGGCGGGAUCGCCUAGAGGGUCUGCAGGCGCGGGGUCCCCCCGAAAAACCGCUAUAGGGCUGAAGAAGCUGCAGUUAAGAGUCGAUAUCGCGGCUGACGAUAGCGGGGACGAGGGGAGGGAGGUGAAGCUGGUGGCGGUAGGCCCGCCCCCCGGGAGGUCGGUGAAAGAGCGGUCGGGACUUCGGAGGGAGGGGAGUAGCGUGAGCCGAGGAGUGAGUGAGGGAGUGAGUGAGGGAUUGGCGGGCAGAUUAGGUCGAGAAGAGGGGGGUGGAGCAGGAGCAGCAGCAGCAGGAGCAGCAGCAGGGGGAACGGCUGCUCUAGCACCGCUGAUGGUGGCGGCACCAGUGGGUGCAGCAGCGCCAGUAGGCGUAUCCGGCCCGGUGGCUGUAGCGGGGCCGGUGGCGGCGCUACAGAAGAAGGCGCAGCACCGGCGCAUCUCGUCGUGGGUGGACGGGGGCAACCUGCGGCACACGGACUUCAUCCUGCGCAAGCCGUACCGCGAGGUCACCGAGGUGUUCGACGUGCAGGAGGAGGAGCUUGGCGUCGGGCAGUUCGGGGUGAUCCGGUCGUGUGUUAAUAGAGUCACGGGGGCUCUGCUGGCAUGCAAAACGAUCAGCAAAGAGAGAAUCGUGUGUCCCGAGGAUGCGGACGAUGUGCGGAAGGAGGUGCAGCUGAUGCAGCAGCUGAGGGGCCAUCCGAACAUCAUCGACCUCUAUGAGACGUUUGAGGACAGCAAGCAUGUGCACUUGGUGAUGGAGAUCUGUAAAGGUGGCGAGCUCUUUGACCGCAUCAAACUCCGGGGGCAAUACAGCGAGCGCAACGCAGCUUUGGUGUGCCAGACGCUGGUGGAGGCGCUGCUGUACUGCCACUCCAACGGCAUCACCCACCGGGAUGUGAAGCCGGAGAACAUCCUGCUCAUGCACAAGGACGAUGAUACCAACAUCAAAGUCAUCGACUUUGGGGUCGCCACACGGUUCAGGCAUGGCGAGCCCCUGACUGAGUUUGUGGGCACGCCAUACUACAUGGCCCCAGAGGUGCUCACCGGCUCGUACGGCCCCGAGGCGGACAUCUGGUCUGCGGGGAUCGUCCUGUACAUCAUGCUGUGCGGCUUCCCGCCCUUCUGGGCGGCGAGCAACGAGGGCAUCUUCGACGCCAUCAGGCGCAAGGAGCUGCAGUUCAAAUCCGCCAAGUGGAAGAACGUGGGCGAGGGGGCAAAGGAUUUAAUAAGGAGCAUUCUCGUGAAGGACCCCAAGAAGAGGAUGUCAGCGCUUGAGCUGCUCGGUCACCCUUGGAUCGUGCAGUACUCCACAUAGCAACGGCGCCAAGCUACCCCAUGACAAUAACACAGGCGCCACCAUCAGUGCAUAACAUUCCCCCACAUCGCGUUUUUGUGCUUGCAUCAGCAAAGAAUCGUCACACUACCGGUUUUUUUAUCUAUCCCUUGACGGCCGUUUGGUCGCAUGGAGGGGGAGACACCAGUAUGAUUUGGCGCAAAAACAUUGGCCAGUAUGAUGUGUGCGUUGACCAAUGUCCGCACCAUGGCUCACUGCUGGCAUGCGCUACCAACCAAUCUAUGCAGCUCUUGCACAGAUGGAAUGGAAGCUAUUCUUUUGUUCCGCAAUGGCCACAAAACCUUGGGGAUCUAAUCCAAUGACGCCCUUAGCUUUUUGCUAGAAAUUGGGGAGCUUUAUAUAGAGGAAACGGUUCUUUUUUAUGGCUAACUUGAAUAACUUACUGUUUGCUUG